AUGCGAGCCCUACUUCUGUUAACGCUCCUUUUUCUCUCGAUUUGUCUGGUUGUUGCUGCACCACAGUCUAAGCUACAAAUAAAUCCAGAUGUAGAAAGAAAACCAUAUGUCGAAGAGGUUGUGGUGGAGUCGCUCCUGCAUGUAAGAAGUCCUUCCGUUGCUCGUAACUCACGCGCCGAUACCAAGACGAACCUGUUGGACGGUUCCAGAGUUACCGAAAAUAAGAUCGAUUGA